AUGAACUUUGAGGAUUAUUCAUAUGACGGAAAUGAAUAUGCAUUUACCGUCGUUGAUGAGAAACAGCCUAUAGUUUCAGUGAGUUUUGAAGGUGUUGACUCUGGUGUAAGUUGUAAUGUAAUUGACCGUCAAUUGUGGGAAUCACUAAAACAAAAUAAAGUGAAAUGUGUUUCUUCGAGUCACAAGAAACAGCUGUAUCCCUAUGGCAGCAAGGAACCAUUAAAAACGGCUGGUUGUUUCACGGCUAAAAUAACAGUUGAAGAUGUUGCGGUUGAAGCAGAGUUUACUGUAAUUGAGGGUAAGGGCCAGGCAUUGCUAGGAAGAGACGCAUUGCUAAGAAGUCUCAGUCCAAACGUUUGUGUUAACGCUUUGCAAGAAAAAAACUUAUUUCAAAAAUACAAGUCAUGUUUUGAGGGCCUGGGAAAGUUCAAAGAUUCCCCGCUGAACAUUCCUAUUGAUCCGCGUGUCAAACCAGUAGUUCAGUCUAUGUGUCGUGUACCCUUUAAUCUAAGGGAUAAGUUGGAAAAAAGCUUGAUGAGCUCGUAGACCUUGAUGUAAUUGAGAAGGCAGAGGGACCAACCCCUUGGAUUUCACCUGUAGUUGUUGUUCCUAAACCCAAUGGUCUGUUGAUAUGAGGCAAGCAAACAGUGCAAUAGUCAGAGAGCGACACCCCAUUUCCACAGUUGAUGAAAUUCUGCAUGAUCUUAAUGGGAGCACAGUCUUUGCUAAGGUAGACAUAAAGUGGGCUUUUCACCAAGUUGAGUUGAGCGAAGAAUCAAGACCGAUCACCACGUUUGUCACCCAUAAUGGACUCUUCCGGAAUAAGACAUUGAUGUUUGGGAUCAGCAGUACCCCGAAAUGUAUCUGCGAGUGAUGCAACAAGCGUUACAAGGCUGUGAAAGUGUGAGAAACAUACAUGGUGACAUCACAGUGCAUGGAAAGACAGCUGAACAGCAUAACACACGACUUUAA